GUACCUUGGCUCCUUGGACACGCAUACCUCUACAUCCAGACUACCACCACUCAUUGUUCUAGGCCGAGGAAGAUCCGAAAUCCUUUUCAAAACCUCAGAUCGUCUUGGAUUUUGCUUGGCAACAGAAAGCGACCUCGAACAACGUAUUCCACAUAACAUUUAGUUGGCAGCCACUAUAACUGCCAUCCCCCGCCGCGGACAACCUGUCGCCGGACAGGGCACUGCCCCCAAACACUACCUAGACCAGUCAAAGAAUCUGGCUCUACAAUACUACGACAAACAUUCCCGCGGACGACACAUACUGAUUAUUCAACUGACAUCAAACGGUCCCUCCGGACAAGGAGGUGACCAACCGCCAUGGCGCCCCAAACGAGAGCUCGAGAUCGCCUUCGCCAGACGACAUCACGCGAAUACCACUCCUCACCCAUUCCGCAACAAGUCCACUUUCCGGCCCGAAACCGAGUUGUCAAGACAUAUGGCAAGAGGACGCCUUCACGAACCGCUUUGCGACAGCAAACACUGACACAAAUCGGUUUCCCUCUGAGCAUGCAACCAGAAACCGAUGGGUCCGAACUGUUGGAAACGCUCGAAACACCUGUUCCGACCAAGAAGAAAGGACGAGAUUCCAAGCGAAGGAAGACAAUGGGCGACACUCCCAAUCCGAGCUCGUCUUUUCACACGCAGACACUUACGCAGUUUCUGUCUGGGAAGGAAGAGGACGAGGACGAUAAGGAGGACUUGUUGAUUGAGGACUCACAAGAGGAGGAAGAUGAUGAAGACGAACAAAUCAAUAUGGACGACAUUUAUGAUCUGCCCAAAGAGGAAUCGCCGGAACGCCCAUCAGAAAAGAAGCCAGUGGCCAAGAAACCAAAGAGUGUCAAGGAGAAGGCCAAGGCCAAAGGGAAAGCGAAAGCCAAGGAAGCAUCGGUAGUACCGCAGACACCCAGUACCAAGAGGAUCAAGGUCAACAUAGAUGAGGUCCCUUCUUCGCAACCAACACCGUUUACACCCAUGCUGGAAUUGAGAUACAGUCCUAUUGGAGACUACAGGUCACCUCUGAAGAACAAGUCGACCAAUACAACAGCUGAGACCAUCUCCAAGCUGCCCAGAGAUAUGGUAAUCCAGGACUCCUAUAGUAUAGGAGGCAGUAGUCCCUUCUCCAUACAUCAAUCGCCCUCUCCGCUCAAGAAGACUCCCAUGUCGAUUAGGAGUAAGCCCAAGCGUCAGCCACUAGCCGAACUACCUGUUCCUGAAGAGGAAGACGACCCCGAGUCGGGUUUGUCAGAAGGCGACGAGCAAUCUACGCCAACAAAACCUAGAGCUGGGUCGUCGGCAGUAAAGGGAAGCAGCGGGAAGAAACGGGCAUUUGUUGAGAUUCCAGAUUCGGACGAUGACCUCGAGAGUUUUGGGUCGUCACCUGCUAUGAGCAGGAUCAUGAAGACGCCCACGCACCAGAGAGUUACAGCGCCCCCGCCGGACUCGGCCAAGGAAAAUCGUACUCCUAAAGAACAACCACAUACGGAAGAAAAGGAAGAGGAGAAUGCAGAUGAGGAGAUGGAGGAACCGGGUACGCCAACCCCCACUGCUAGGCGCAGUGAGCGACCUCGGGAAGUCCCAUCAUCUAGUGCUGAAGACAUGGACUACGAGAGCGACGAGAGUCCCCUGUCACUGGUGCCCAGUAGUCCACCUCAAGCAAGCCGCGAGCUGGGGAAUUCUAGCCAGCAUGCUGCUGUCAAGCAGCCUACUACCACAACACCCAGCGACCAUCAGUCUCACAUCAUUCGCACCCCGACGGUGAAACGGAGGGUGCAGAUUGAGCUGCCGUCCAUGAGCGACGAAGGCAAUGCCACCGACGAGGAGGUGCUUAAAGAGACACCCCAUCGCAAACUGGCCGCCACUAAGAAGCCAUCCCCGCCUUCCGCCCCUGGCAGACGAAAGGUACAAAUCGAGCUACCACCCCAAAGCACCGGAGAAGCAGCAGAGAAAGACCAAGACCAACAGGCCGCCGAAGAAGAAGAUGUCCUCAAAGAAACCCCCCACCGCACCACCUCCGCUCUUAAAACCACGCGCUUCUCCCACAUUUCCCCUCGCCAAAAGUCAUCGCCCCCCGCUCCGGUCGUCCGCUCCCAACGUUCCCAACGACACACCCAACAACGGCAGCAAACCCAACAGCGCUCCCAGCUCUACAGCCAAGGCCUCGAAUCCCAACGAGUCCCCAUGGAAAUCAUUCGCGCCAUGGGCCCGCCCACCGACACUUCCGACAUCGUCAUCGCCGUGCCGGCUCACCACCUCGAGGAGAUCGUAGCGGGCACGCGAGAUCAUGAGUUCCGCCCGCAUGUACUACCUGCCGUCAGGGCGUGGUUCUACGCCAUGGAGCCGGUGAACGAGGUUAGGUAUAUGGCUACCCUGGGCGAGGCAAGGAAGCCGGGUGAGAUUGAGGGGGGGGGUGGAGUGGGGAAUGAGGAGUUUAAUAGGGGGGAGAGUUACAGUUUUAUGCCUGUGAGUGGAAGUGGGAGUGGCCGUGUUGCUAGCAGUGGAGCUAGCAGUGGAAGUAAUGGCGAGGCUGCGACGACCACCAUGCCCAAUACAUUUGCGCACAAGCUAUUGCAGGUGUAUCAGUUGAAUAAUCCGGUCAAGAAGGAUGAGUUGGAGGAGCAUGGGUUUGGGAAAAGCUUGCCGACGAGGUUUCGGCUUUUGCCGCCCGCGGCGGUGGGGGAUUUGUUGGCCAAUUUGAGGUGUGCGCUUUUUGCGGAGGGUGAUGAGCAGGACGAGGAAGGAGAAGAGGAGGAUAGGCUCGAGGCUAUUGAAGAAGGAGAUGAGGAGGAUGAGGAGAUGGGUGAGGCGGUGGAGGAGGCUGGUGAGGAAGCAGAGAGUCAACCCGACCAUGGAGUAACUGUCUCCCAGGAGCUGGAGCAACAGUUGAGAAGCGAUAUCAUUCGCUCGACGCAGAUGAUACUCUCGGAUGACGCGAGACUGCCCGGCGAAGGGGGAGCACUGCUACGUCACGAUUCGACGAUAGCUUCCAGUCCGCAAAGACCUCCUGCACGGGUGACUCCAAGCCAGAGUCGGACAACGAGGUCUAUUCAACUUCGGAUGUCGGUGACCAAGGUCACGAAGAAACAGGUACAGGUCACAAAGAAGUUUCAGUUUGCAGAACUAGAGAUGGAGGAAGAUAACGAUGACGAUGACCUCGACCUCGAUCUCGACAAGGAAGGGAAAACCCCUCCUGCCCUUCCUGCUCGCUCAUGGUCAGCAGGUGCUUUAACUUCGGCUUCGACUUCGGCUGCAAAACCCACUAGCACCAGCCGCAAAAGCAGCGGUAGUCGCAGCAGCCAAACGACCCAAAGCCAAACCGAGACGCGCCAGACCCGUCGCCAAAGCCAACGGCUUACGGGCAGUCAGCAUCAUCAAGAAACCGACGAAAGCCAAAUCACCAAGACAACAACAACAAAAGCUCUACAAGAAAAGGCCUCCAUGCCACCACCUCCCUCGCCUGCUAAACCACGUGGCGGCAGCAGUAUCACCACCAGCGCCCUGGCUAAACUCAACAAAGCAACCGCCACCGCUACUGCCCGCGCCUCCGGUUUUGGUGCCGGUUUCGGUGCCGGGCAUAAUAACCCCAACUAUAACACCGCCCGUCCUUCACAAGCGACGACAGCUAGCGGACCUUCUAGUCCUAUAAUUGCUCCCCGGCAGGAGGAAGAAGAACGGGAGGAGUCUUCGCUGCCGCAACUAAGCCGAGGUAGAGGCGUAGGCACGGGUAGGGGCACGGGUAGGGAUAAGAGUGGAAGAAGUCAACCUCUUUCCGAAUCCCUCACCGCCUCCGAAUCCUCAGUCGUCAGACCGGCGGUACCCGAUGAUGUUGAUGAUUCCCAUAUUUUGUUGUCUUCUUCGUCGAUACCGGAACCUUCUCUAGACGGUAGUAUCACACCCACAGCUACAAAUCGAGGGGGAAGAACUCCCGGCAGCGGCAGAGGAGGUUUGGGACGACUGCCAUUGAGUUCCCAGGCGAUCGGGUCGUUAGCCCCGGAUAGUUUGUUGGUGGAUGUGGAGGGGGCGAGGGCACCGCCUGAGUUGGUGGUUUGGGAUAGUGAAGAGGGGGAUGAUGCCGAUGAUGAGACGGCUAGUGAGGAUGAUGGGGAUUUGAACUGAACCAGGGCCUAGGGGCUUUAUGGUGUUGGGUUGGUGUAGGGUAUUUAUGCACUUAAUGAAUGGGGUUGGAACUGGUUACGAACAGGUGGUCACCAAUAGGUUACGGAACUCGGUGGAAACAGGUUUAUGUUGGGAUAUUGUACGUGUUGGAAACAGGUUGGGAAAGGGUUGAAACAAAGGGUUAGCGAAGGGUUAUAAUGGGUGCCUUUUCCAUUCCUUGGGUCUCUGGUUUGAGAAGCUGUAUAUGAUGGCGUCUGGGAAUGAGUGUUGCCUAGUACUACGGUAUAUACGCACUGAGUAGGUAUUGUUGAUAUCAUCCUGAAGGAGCAGCGGGAUGCCUCCAGCUUUGUACACGAUUUUUU